AUGUCUCCUGAUAGUGAGGUUUGGGCCUACUUGGCUAUCAAAGAUCUUGCAGAAGGAAUUUCAUCUGCAGCUGGCCAAGAUGACUCCCAGUCUUGUAUGCUUGACAGAGUCGAGUCUUGGACUAGGGGUGAGGGUGCACCUGUGAUAAGCGACAGCACUGCUGGGGAUUGGGGUAUACGGGUCACGAAAGAUCGCCGCGGUAUACGGAAGACUGAAAGACUCGUUGGCCUCCCUUCCUACGCCCUGAUACCGCCAGAUCAAGCAAGGACAAGUGGUGUUGAUUUCAGAAUUGGGGUAGCUCGUAUCAAGCUGUCAGGGAAUGGCAAGUCAGUUAUGUGGGAUACACCGAAUCCUCCUCGGUCAGGUAAGUUGUCAUUCUUCGCCCCGUGUGAUAACGAGAGAUUAUGUGAUAUGCGUCUGCGCACACUGGACUUGCGCAGCACCAGGGGCCUCACCUUGUUCUACGUCGGGUCUUCUCUGCGGGCUAUUCAUUCUCAUACCUCUCGCUUCCCAACUGCGUUGACGACAUACGCGCGUUUGCUGGAACACGCUCGAAAGCAUGCGGUUUGGGCAAAUGUCCCUAUCUCGCCUAAUGAUCGCCUCGUCGGAUCAGGCAUACGAACAAGUGGUAUGGAUAAUGUAUUCACUUCACCCUCUGUUCUGGUUCGCACUAAACUUGCUGGUGAUAUUGUCAUCGGCCCUCAGUUCAGGCCCGUUCACCCUGACUUCGCCCUCGUCCUUAAUAAGGAUUACACCUGUGAUAUUAUACCAGACAAGAUCAUCUAA